AUCAGACUAAGAAAACAUGCAUGAAUGCAAACACUCGCUUUUGCAUCUCUAUUUCUCCCCUUGUCUCCCUCACACAUACAUGCAUUUCUUGGAAGUCAACAUAUUAGCAGCUGUCCAAUUAGAGUAUACUGCAGUGUGUGUGUGUAUGUGAAAGAGUGAGAGAGUGUGUGUGUGUGUGUGUGUGAGAGAGAGAGAGAAUGGACUAGAUGCUGAAUAUUUUAGAGUUACUAUAUUAAGCAGUGCUCACAUUUAGAUGGGAGCGAGAAGAAGAGCUCAAGCCAUAUCUGGCUUUUCUGCCACAUCUCUCUCUUUGUCUUGGCUUUGCAUCUCUCUUUUCUUGGCUGUAUUUGUUUUCUUGCUUUCCAAAUACAUUGAGAGCGCUGUACUAGUUACUUUAACAAAAUAGCCUUGUGACACCUUUGCAUGCAUUGUUUUUGCAGUUUUUCAGUGUUAUUUAUGGACACCAGUUCUUUAAAUGUGCUAAUUCACAGUCUAAAUAUGAAAGGUUCAAAGUCCAUUGAGGGGAGACUGAUGUGAGGCAGAUGUUGUUCAUCAGGAAGUCACUUGGAGGUGCUCUAGAUUCUCUUAAUAUCAAGAAGAGCUAUUAAAUACUGCACAUAUACAAAGUCCCUAAUGGAUUGAGACAGACAUGUUUCAGGUAGACGCUUGAAAAUGUGUGAAAGGGACAGGUGAAGGGAAAUCAUCUCCAUGGUCAGAUUUUUUUGAUUAUUUAUUGCUUAUAAAUGCUUGUAGAUCAGUUCGUUAUUUCUAUAUCUACUAUCAUUGUGACACUGCUGUUCAAAUGUAUUAGAUUGGUAAGGUUUUUUAAAAGGAGUAGUCUCUUAUGUUCACCAAAGCUGCUUUUAUUUGCUCGAAAUACAAGAAAAUAUUACUGUAAUGUACUGGUAUAAUUUAAAAAAAUGUUUUCUAUUUUAUGUAUUUUCAGCAGCCAUUAGUCCAGUGUCACACGAUACUUCAGAAAUCAUUCUAAUAUGCUGAUUUGCUUUGAUCUUUUUCAAUGUUUAAAACAAGUUGUGGUGCUUACUAAUUUCAUGGAAACCAUGAUACGUUUAAUGCAUCAUUGUCGAAUAAAAGUAUUACUUUCCUUCCAAAAAAAACCCCCUUUCAGACUCCAAACUUUGGACCUGUGUGUUUUUGUGUGUUUUCUGCACAGUGAAAGAGCAGACUCAUCUCUUCACAGUGUUGCAGUUUAUAAACACUGGCAGUCACCGAGAUCAAUAGGAGUGGAGUUAAAUGCCACACAUAAGGCACUUACUGAACCAGAAAAAAACUCCUAAUAGUUUCCAGAUGAGCCUCUGGAGUUAAUCUCAGACAGUAGCUGCCACCUUUUUCAUUUUAGCCGCAAACUCCGACCGGACAUGGGCAUAAAGGCUCGAGUGCUGGAGACGUUUGUCAUGCUCUUUCUGCUGGGUCUCCUCAUCCUGGGCAUUGUAUGGGUGGCGUCCGCUCUCAUCGACAAUGAUGCAGCCAGCAUGGAAUCGCUCUAUGAUUUAUGGGAGUUUUAUCUGCCAUACCUCUACUCCUGCAUCUCUCUGAUGGGAGGCCUGUUGCUGCUUAUGUGUACUCCAGUAGGACUGUCACGCAUGUUCACAGUGAUGGGCCAAUUACUAGUCAAACCCACAAUUUUAGAGGAUCUGGAUGAGCAAAUUUAUUGUAUACAGCUGCAGGAAGAGGCCAUGGAGCGUAGACUCAAUGGUAUGAUGUCAAACUCUUAUUUCCAUGGAAACUCUCAGCUCCAUCUCUACAAAGAGCUGGACAACAUUCGCAAUCAGAGGAACAAACUCGAAAGGAGAAAGAAGGCCUCAGCCUGGGAAAAGAACCUCCUUUACCCCAUAGUGAUGCUGAUCCUGCUUGCUGGAACGGCGAUUUCUGUUCUACUGGUUGCCCUGAACAUUGUGUACUUGCUUGUUGAUGAGACGGCUUUGCCAAAGGGUUCAACGGAAGGAAAUAUUGGCAAUGCCUCCUUAUCCAAAUUUGGAGUUGCCCAGGCAGUUAUUGAAAUCAUUCUCAUAUUUUAUCUGAUGGUCUCAUCCGUGGUUGGCUUCUAUAGCCUUCGCAUCUUUCAGGAGCUCACACCCAGAAAGGACGACACUACCAUGACAACGAUCAUUGGUUGCUGUGUAUCCAUUCUAGUGCUGAGCUCGGCCUUGCCUGUCAUGUCCCGAACACUUGGAAUAACAAGGUUUGAUCUCCUGGGUGAUUUUGGACGAUUUAAUUGGCUUGGAAAUUUUUACAUCGUACUUUCCUACAAUCUUCUGUUUGCUGUGGUAACCACAUUGUGUCUGGUCCGAAAAUUCACAUCUGCUGUGCGAGAGGAACUCCUCAAAGCCCUCGGUCUGGAUAAAUUAAAUCUGUCCAACAGUACGACAGAUGCAGAGUCGGGGAAACAUGCUGUCAACGGGCAUCAGAAAACUCAGUGAGAACAAAAUCGAGCCAUUUUCACACAAACUCAUGUGUAUGCAGUUGGCGUCUUUAUUUUAAGAGUACUGUGGUAUUUAGUCAGAGAGUGGAAGUGUUUAGUCUUUGAGAGGUCAACCUACAAUACAGUAGUGUAGUGUAAAUACCUCUGUACCUCACUCCAGAAUGCUUCCAGCUUCACAAAUGUUUCAUUCGGGUUAGUAGUGUUUGUUCAUCAGCUUGUAAAUGCUUUCAUUUCAAUUCUCUUAAGUGAAAGCAUGUUUUUUUUUUUUUUUUUGCUGAUCUGCACGCCUAAAAGGCCUCCUGACUGCACCCUUCAGUGAGGGAUUAUUAUUAUUAUUUUGAUUUAUCUAUGAUUCUUUCUCUAGUUUGAUUAGGGGAAAUAUUAAGCUGUUUGCCAAGCUGAUCAUUUCACGUUUAAUGAAGGAUGCAUUAGUCUCAGUUAGGGCUUAUAAUUUUCCUCAAUUAUAGUUUGAUUGCAUUUCGUGCCCUCGAAGAUCAGUAUUUUGUAAAGUUAAAUAGACCUUGUUAAAAGAAAUGGGUUUAGUUUGCAUAAAAACAGCACACAAAUGACAUAAACAUGUUUGUUAAUGACAAGAGAGGCACACACAAUAUUAUUACUAAUACUAGAAGCUACAUUCUCCAAAUGCAGAGUGGUCAAAUUGAACACUGGCAAAGAAAUUGUUGCAGUGAGUCUAACAGAACAUAGAUCUCAAUUUAAGUUAUAGAUGCUUUAAUGCCAAAUUAACUGGUUCUUAUGCAAAUGGGGCACAUUACAAAUUCAGUUAAAAAAAAUCUACAAGCAAAACACGAUGGCCAGUCACAAUGACAAAUACUAAUAGUAAGCAGCAGUCUAUAGCUGUCUAAUGUUUUGUUUGAAUUUUGAUGUGUAAGUUUGUAAGGAAGUUUAGUAAUCAGAAAACUUGUUGUUCUUUGUCUGCCAUUGCAUAUGUUUACAUUCACUUGGUUAAAAUGAAGAUCAAUUAUAAUUUACAUGUUGAUUCAUUAUAAAUGAGGAAGCAUUAUGAUUUUAGUUUCCUCAUGCUUUACUGUGACAAUUCAGGUUUGUUGGAAGUGACAGAAUUAAGUAAUGGGAAUUGACGAGGAAACUCCCCGAAACAUGUGCCUUACUCACAAUAUUGGCAUAUACUGGGUAGUAUUACAAUAUUACAAAGAGUGGAGGAGCCUACCUGCCAAAUUUCUUCUUGUACUGCAACUGCUCUUGUUUUCAUUGGUAGGCAAGGUUCAGAUUAUGGGAGUCCCAUUAUUCGAGUCACUACCAACAACCAGCCUAAUAUGUUACUGUGUUUACUUGAACUGGUUGUGGCAGAUUGUGUUUUGGGAUGUUGCCACCUGCCAGUCACUCUUCGCAAAAUCACCAAAAUGAUUUAACACGUGUAAUGGAGUGUAGUGUAUUGUAGUCUUGUACAAAAUUGAAAAGACAGCAGAGAAAUGCUGUUCUACUGUCGUAGGAGUAAACUGCACCAAAUAUAUGGGAGAAGAUGAGGCACAAUCUUGGGAUAUGCUUCCUGUGCCUGUACUUAAAUCUGCUGCUGCUUCCUUCACAACAUUGGAUCCUAUACUAUGCUACAUGUACUACGCAAACCGACAGCAUACUUCCAAUAACAUACAUCCUUUUGACUUGGUUUUUACUGCAGAGCUUGUAAGGAUCUAUAUAUUUGCCUUAUUUCAACAUCACUAGCGAAACAGCCUUCACAACAUCUAGUCUGUACCUCGCAGCUGCUUUGCUUUCUGCAAAUGGCAGAUUAUCCGUGAAGAUAUCUGUAUGUUUUUCCACUCACUCUCAUGCUGGAUUUUAAGCCAGUUCAGUCUGUUCAGUCGAACAAAAUACCGGUCUACACAGAUCGGUGGCUAAACUCUUACAUUAUGUAGGAUCUUGAUUAUAAUGGCUGUGAAAACAGGACUGCAGCGCCACAUCAGUCUGAUUCACAUCUAUGAAAGCUUAUUGUGAAGUCCGAGCGGAGUCCGUUGUCAUUACGCGUGUAGAGCGCAGCACGACUCAUUGAAGGGUCUCUUUUGUAGCUAUGAAAUACAGUGUCAUAGAAGCUAUUUUGGUUUGUUUUUAUUUUUGUCUAAAUGUUACUGAUUAUACAGUUAAUGUUCAAUAUGUUAAGUAUAGUUUCCAAACAUUCCCAUUCUGAUGACAAAACCAAUAGGCUAAAAUAACAUCAAAUCAUGAUGUUUUGGCCAGUCCUGACAUUUCUCUUAAGGGUUUAUGUAAAAGCUGAACGGACAUUCUGUGUGCAGUCUUCAGUUUUCAUCUCUUUAACUAUGGCAAGCCUCAUAAUAAUGUAAAUGGUGUAUUUACAUGUAUAUACAGUAUAUUUCUUUGUUUUAUUUUUGUAGAAUGUAGAUAUGAAGUGGCCUUUGAGCCUCGUUCAUACUAUGCUAUCUGUGGAAAAGGCCAGACAGUUAUUAAUUCAGUUGUUAAUUAUACAAAACAAACAAAACAAAUCACCUCUGAUGCCUUAAACAGGCUUUCUAGGCUUUUUUGUUUUUGUCUCCUGUUGUCCAGUAUUUAGGAGACAAGUUAUGCAUGUGUGAGAUGUGCAAGUGAGUGAGACCGAUUAUUAGUUUGUGUACCUUUUUAUUGACUUAUUCACUGUGAAUCCCUCGUGUGAUUGUCAAUAACAUGGCGUAUCUUUUCACUCGAACUGGCCAAAGUCAAAAGAAACUAUCAGGGCACUGAUACUGAAUAUUAAAGUUUGGGCAGAAAUCAUUUUAAGAAAUGGAUUGAGUCUGCAGAGGUCUAGGAUUCACAUGAGGGACACUGGAUUCAAAGCCUGUGGAAAGGACAUUUAAAAGUGGACACCUCAGUGGGUUCUGGGCUGUUGUGUGCUUUUCAUUGUCAUGGAUUUAAAUAUGUUGCAUGUAAAAUAUCUUUUUCUUCCUGUUGAUUUGCACAAGGAACAUUUUGUAAGAAGGUAUCUGGGGAAUAAGUGUAUUAUGUCAAUAGUUGUGUCACUGAAGUAAAUUUAUAAUGUUUUUUCUUUUUUUGUGUGUAUGUGUAUUAUACUUUAAUGUCACAACUUUUAUAAUGCCAGAGCAUCUUAUAUUAUUAUUACCUAUAUAAUACUACAUUCUUUAAUGCUAAAUUCUACUCUUUGGCUUUAAUCGAAUUGGUUUUCAAGGAAUAUUGCUGUUGCUUUAUGCAGGACAAGGUCAAGGACUGGUGUGUCAGUUUGUGUCUUGGGUUUCUCAAAAUAGAGACAUUUGCAGUGAUACACUAAAAAGAACUGAAAGAAAAAGAAUGCAGAUUCAUUCCAUAUUCUAUAAUCUGCUUGUCUGUACAAAAUUGGCACAAGAGUUACAAAAAAUGUAGUACAUCAAAGAUGCUGUGGUAUAUCAGUUUAUUAGUCUGUUGAACUGUUGACAGCGUUUCACUAGAAAGUGUCCCGUCUACAUCAAAUAAACUCGUUCGUUCAUGAAUUCUAAUCUUCAGAUCCCAAGGGAAAGCUUAAUUCUAUUUCCAUUUUUUCCUGUUGCUUCUUUUACAUGUGUGAAUGUAUUUUCAGAAUGUUUUCUCUCUUGUGUUUGUAGAGUUUCAUUGCAUAUGUUUGUGAAGCAAAAUGUUCAGAUUGUCUUUAGUUUACUUUGUAUUUCAUUUCAGUUUACAAUAAAGUGACUUUUGACCAUU